AUGGAAUCAGCGAAACCAAUAAUCAAGCUUGAGGACAUUGUGGUCGAUGAAGCUCGUCUCGCAGAGAUAUCAGACAAUAUAAAGGAAAUCAAGACUCGUAUUGAUGCUGCUUGUUUGAAAGCUGGACGAGAAACCCAGCCUAGGCUUGUAGCUGUGAGCAAAACAAAACCAUUAUCGGAUCUCAUGGCUGCUUAUGAUGCUGGGCAUCGUCAUUUUGGUGAAAAUUACGUACGUGAUCAACAGGUCAAUGAGCUGCAAGAAAAGGCUGCCAUCCUUCCACGAGACAUUCAAUGGCACUUCAUUGGACAUUUGCAAUCAAACAAGUCCAAGAUCCUGGCAGCUAUACCUAACUUAUACAUGUUAGAAACUAUUGACGGGAUCAAAAAGGCAGAUGCAAUGAACAAGGUGCUCGACGCAAGGACGACACCGUUACAAGUAUUUAUGCAAGUGAAUACCAGUGGUGAAGAAUCCAAAGGUGGUAUAGAACCCGCCGAAGUGUUGGACGUGGCAACUCACAUCCUGGACAAAUGCCCGAAACUGAAACUAGCUGGACUUAUGACAAUCGGAGCGCCAGAGAAUGGAGACAAGGAUCCAAAUCCUGAUUUUGUGACUUUACAAUCCUGCCGAGACAAGAUACUGGAAUCACUGAAAGAUAGACUAUCAACACUUGAAUUGAGUAUGGGAAUGUCGGAUGAUUUCGAGAAUGCAACUAAAGCUGGUUCUACCAAUGUACGAGUUGGUUCCAAGAUCUUUGGUGCUAGGAGUUAUCCAGCUAAAAGCUGA